UCUCCGCCAGGAUUUGUUCGCGCUAAUCCGCCCGUCCGCUCGCGCCGCUCGUCGCGCCCACGGAUCGCAGCUCGCCGCUGUUCCGUCGCCUCCAUGUGCCGCGAAACCGAGCGCGGUUCCGACUUCCAACUUUCCACUCAACGCACGCCCGCGCGCACCACCACAAAGGCCGGAUACCGAGGCGACGCUCGCGGAGCCUCGUCGGCGCGCGGCUGCAGCUCGUGUCGCCGUGACAGAGAACCUUGGCGGGGGCUUAACCUGCACGAGCCGACCGCCCCCGCCCGCUGGGACCGCUCCCUAACCCCGGCGUGACCGACGGCACCGGACGCACAUGGUUCCACGGGAGACGGUGCCACAACGGGGGCAGCGCGCUUGGAGGAAGCGGCUGUAGAGGGACAAAGGACCCGGGCUCCUGCCGCCGCGUUCCCGCCCUCUGCAGCUCGACAAUCGCGUCGCCGAGCGGCCGCUCCGGAGCAAGACGGACACGCGUUCGUGGACGGCUGCUAAAGACAGUGAUGUCGGCGGACAACGAGGCGUCGGCGCCUUUGUACGUGUACGAGUCCAAGGUCCACUGCGCCAACGUGCUGCUGAGCCUGGACGAGCAGCGGCGGCAGGGCGUCCUCUGCGACGUCACUCUGCUGGUGGAGGGCAGGGAGGUGAGAGCUCACCGGGCCGUGCUCGCCGCCAGCAGCCGCUACUUCCUGCAGGCGCUGCUGGGACCCAGCGGGUCAGCGGGCGACGCCGAGGCUGUCAUCAACCUGCCGGACAAGGUGACCGCUAAAGGCUUCGCUCCUCUCCUCCAGUUCGCCUACACAGCUAAGCUGGUUCUGAGUCGGGACAACAUCCAUGAAGUCAUCUUCUGCGCCGACUUCCUGGGCGUUCACAACCUGGAGGACUCCUGCCUCCGAUUCCUUCAAGCCCAGCUGCAGAACGACGGCCACAGCAGCAACGGAAAGGUGGAAUAUGCGGAUGAACCCGUCGCUGAGGACGCUGAGCUCUCUGAGGAAACGUCCUUGGAUGGUUCAGCGGAGACAGAAGCGCAGCAGACUAAUCAUGUAGCAAGGACUGAACCGCUUCCUAACGACCUAUGUCCUAAAUACAGGAAGUACCAGUACCAGACAUGCGACAACAAGCACAAUGGAGAAAAGCAUCACGUCAUUUCCAGCCAUCGUACCUCAGACAGCCCUGGAAGCUGCGCCCCUCCACAAAACCUGCUGUCUCCCUCCAGAAUCAAAGAGGAGCCCUUUGCGUUCGAGGGGGGAGACGAGAGGAACGGCUGCAACCCAGAGUUUGGUACUGAGGAGGUUUUGGAGAUGGAGCUGGAGGUGGAGGGGGUUCCCGUGGCGGCCGAGCACUCUCCGAGCCGAGGCUCGCCCUCCUCCUGCUUGCGCUCCUACCUCCAGAGGGGAGGCCGGGACCUCGCUGCGGUGCCCAGCGCCACCAUUCAGCAGCUGCUCACCAACAGGCUGUCCCUGAACCACUACAAGGAGCUGGUCAAGGACCGACAGUGGGAUAAAAGGGAAUCCGUGCUAGCCGACGUGACUGACGCCGGGAGGAGCGCGGACGGGGCGGCGUCCUCCAAACAGGAGGGGGAGCUGGACAGACGCAGCGUCAUCUUCUCUGCCGGCGAGCGACAGGUCUCGGCCCAGUCGUACGUGGACCAGAAGUUCAGAGAGAAGCUGUCCACCCUGAUGCAGGUCGAAGCUCCUUCCUCUGGUCCUGGCAGCCUCUCCACCAGCUGCCCCGUCCCCAUCAGGACACUGGCCACGUCCCCGUCUUCCCACCCAGAGGACGCCGGCAGCUGCAGCUCGCCCUCCAGCCUGCCACCGCUGGACUUCUCCUCGUCCCCGCACUCAGGCUCCAUCUCCGGGCUGUCCCGCUGUCUGGUGGGCGUGGUGGAGGAGAGGAACCCCCACGGCGCGGAGGUGCUCUUGUCUCAGGGUUUCACCAAGAUCAAAAGCGAACACGCGUUCGGCGCCAGCGGCGGCAACUCCAGCGACGAGUCGGGCUCCUUCUCCGAGGGGGACAGUGAGAGCGGCGUGUCCCGAGUCUCCGGCCCUGAGGUGAAGCUGCCGUUCCCUGUGGACCAGAUCACCAACCUGCCACGCAAUGACUUCCAGAUACUCAUCAAGAUGCACAAGCUGACCUCAGAGCAGCUGGAAUUCAUCCACGACAUCCGCCGGCGCAGCAAGAACCGCAUCGCGGCCCAGCGCUGCCGCAAGAGGAAGCUGGACUGUAUCCAGAACCUGGAGGGCGAGAUCCGCAAACUGGUGUGUGAGAAGGAGAAGCUACUGAGCGAGCGCAACCAGCUGAAGGUUUGUAUGACUGAGCUGUGGCAGAACCUCUCCUUCCUCUCCCAGCAAGUGUGCAGGGAGGUGCAGGGCGGCCAGACGCCCGCCGUCUCCGCCAGCAUCGACCUUACGUCCAGCCCGCCGUCGCCUUCUUCUGACAAGGGCUCGUCACGACCGUACGGGGCUGCGUGUCCUGACGCCGGCCACAGCCAGAGGCCCAGUGGGGUCCAUAUGUCGCGUGUGGGGCCAGAGGACUGUGCGCUGGAGCCCGGGGCCUCUGAGGAAGCUUGUAGCCCCACCGUAACAGUGGACUUCUGUCAGGAAAUGACUGAAAAAUGCACAACAGACGAACAGAAGGAGUGCACUUAGAGCCGCUGGCAAACACUCACUCGUCUCGUCAACUAUGACUUUGGAGUAUUUUUCCUGUUUUGUAAUGGAUGAUAAUCAGCAAUACUGUUCAAAAGCUAUUUUUCGACUGGUCUGAAAACAAAGCACUGGCUUCUUUCUCUCACUCUGUCAUCUUGACUUUCUUCCUGUCAGCUUCCCUGCCUCUCACCUCACGGGAGGAAAAACUCAGGAAAUCAACAGAAUGUUCAGUGAAAUCCCUGUUGACAUUUACAUGCACUUUACUUUACAGUCCUGUCUAAACUGAAUCCUUAUUUAUGGUGCAAAACAAUUGUGAUGAACAAAGUUUGACUUGUAGGACACGUGUAAUAUCAUCUGUCAGCUUGUUGGCAGCUUUCUGGCUUUUUAAAUGAUCCACACAUGGUACAACUUUAGACGAGAAACAGGACUUUAAAGUAAAAUGUUACCAAAGGUGUGUAUUUGUAAAUGAACUCUCAUUAUGCAAAGGUUCGUUUGUCAAACGUUACUUUUACUUGUUCUUGUACUCAGAUGGAUGUUUUUACAAAUCUCUCGUCUGCCUUCUUUCAUACACCUACACUAGAGGUAAAGCACUGCCCAGCGCCUCCAAGAGGUGAAGCCUGGCUGACUCAUUGUGGCACUUAGAUCGGUGGAAAAACCAUGGUCCGUCACUGCUUCAUGUGUGUUGAGUUCAUGUGUGACGGUGACCGUGGGGGACCAAGGACAAACCAGGAACAGACCAGGGAAAGACUACGGAUAAGCUAGGGAUGGACCAGGGAAGACCAGGGAUAGAUCAGGAAUAAUCCAAGGAUUAGACCAGACGUGGACCAGGGACGGACCAGGGAUAAUCCAGAGAUAGACUAGGGAUAAAAUAGGGAUAGAAUAGGGAUAAAAUAGGGAUAGACUAGAGAUACACCAGGGACAGACCAGGGAGGGAUCAGGGAUGGAUCAGGAAUAGAUCAGGAAUAGACUAGAGAUAGACUAGGCAUAGACGAGGGACAGAUCAGGCACAGCCCAGGAAUAGAUCAGGGCUAGACUAGAGACAAACUAGGGAUAGACCAGGGACGGACCAGUGAUAGACACCGGGGAUGGCAGCACCUGCUAGAUACUAAAGAUUGCCCAGUGUCCAUUUGUUCCUGCCGACGGCCUUCCAAAGCGAGCUGAAAGGUUUUAAAUGGGGUUUAAUUAAUUUGUUACAGAAAUCAUUUUUGAUUUAAGGAACGCAGACCUCUCUUCAUUUUACUGGAUCUACAUUUACAGUUUACACUUCUAAUUUAAACGAAAACUUCUUUUGAACUAAUGUCGUAAGGAUCUCAACACAUUUGUGGUGUAGUUAUGUUCACAACGAUCCUAAGUAAUUUUUGAAUUAACACAUACAGUAAGUACAGAUUUACAAAUAAAUGAUUUAAUAUUCUUGAUUAUUUCAUCACUUCUUUUUUCAUUUGGUUACAUAUGUGAGAAGUGAUAGGUCCUUUAACAUGAAGCGUUGUCUGAGUGUGUGACUCACAUUAAGUUCUGGAUUAGGAAUCAUUGUAAAAGGAAACAACCUGAAACAUCUUUGCUUUGGUACGAGUCUGGCAGCAAUGGUCCAUGUUCAGUGAUACUAAUGUCCACAUAGUCAUUGAAACACAAAUCAUAAGUGCUCUUUCUAAUGUCUCAUGAUAAGAGUUUAGUGUUUCUAUUUAUGUAAUCGUGUAUUUAGUUGCAAUGUUCUUGGAUUGUACAUAAGUGGAAUAUUCCUCUUAAAGUAUUUGGUGGGUUGGUGUGAGACACUUUUCACAUCCACAUAUCAUGUAAAUGUGUUUGACCACUAAGCAAAAGGAUCAAUCCCUACUUACGAAUCAGUAUUGCUAAUAGCAAAUGGUAUGAAGUUCAGAGCUCCCAACAAACACACAGCCAUGGUAUUGAUUUAGGGAGUCGCCAUAUUCAUCUGCUGUUGACGAGUCGAUGGUGCAGCACGUGGCUGAGCUGAGUGCUGCACCGCUGCACCGAGGCUUCACACGGAGCGUCUGAAGCAGGACGAGGGUAGAGUGGAGUCAGUGAUGCAGGAGCCAAGCACAUUCUACUGCACUCCGGUGAAGAGCUGCAGUUUAGUGUGAUAUUUAGUCCCAUUGAUUAGUAAUGAACUGAACCAGGACACUGAGCUGAACCAGUAAUAAUCUAAUUAGAACUGAGGAAGACUGCACAGCUGAUGGUGACUGGGACCUAGAACCAACUGCAUAGAUGUUUAAUGUAGGUCUCUAUGGUUUUUAGUGGUUGUAUUUUUUAUUGUUGACAGUUUCAUGAACUAAGUCUUGAUUUACACACAUGUACCUACUUAAGUUGUAACAUUUAACUUAAAGACGUGAGUAUGUUUACAAUUUGUGUGCUACCUGUUCUUUUACUAUUUUGUAAAGAUAUACAAUCUUAGAAUUAAUUUGAAUAGAUAAACCAUCUACUUCACAAGUUUAAAGUGUUGAUGACAAUGUGAGAAAACGGAAAAGGAAUUUGACAAGUGCAGCUACGAUGUCUUGCCUUAGAGUCAAACCAGCCAAAACGGACACAUGCAUCUUUCACUACAGUUUAGAGACGGUUCCAGAAAACACGGACGUGGCCUCGUGCCAACAGGACACCAGGUCGUAAAGAUUCUGUUUGUGACAGAUUAUAACAUAUGUAGCAGCAAAGCGUUGAUAUUAGAUGAUAAAUGGAAAUGGUACAAAAUACCUCAUCAUUAAUGGAUAAUUGGAGAGAAUUAUUACGAUAUUAAUAUUUAAAACUAAUUCCGUGGUUACACUAUAUAUAUUUCUAUAUAUGUAAUGACAUCAGCUAAGUAUUUAAUAUUAAUCAUGGUUUUACACCUACAAAAAAAAGACCAACCAUCAUAAUCCUUUAGGUUUGAUCGAGUCCCAUGCAUUAAUGAAUGCAGCAUCCAGGCUUCGUCGGGUGAAUCAGGCCUGAACCUUUGUCACAGCAGUUUGAUACAGAUGGAUUAAUGACAUGAAACAAUUCUGUGCCUUCUCACGGCUUCUCAAAUUCACAGACCACGCAUGUUCUCACUCCUUCUCAGGCUGCUGCUUUACUGGACGCUGCGCUUCAGAGACGUGAGGUCCAAACUCCCCAAAAUGAUUUUAUACUUAAAAAAGUGUCUGAAAGAACUGGAAAAAAAGCAAAACUGCUGGACCAGGAGUGAAACACGACAGCGGUCAGAGACGUGUUGCUGCACGUCCACCCGCUGGUUGUUGUCAGUUCACUGCUCAUCAGCCAAAGUCCCAUCAGUGUAAACGUCUCUGAACGCAGCAGCGCCGUGACCAGUGACCCGGGACCAUCUGAGCUCUAACGUUAUCUACCUGGAUGAUUCAGCAUUACCUCUUCUUCUGUAGAAUAGACUUAGGCAGUUUGUGUGACAUUGUUUUCUAGUGGUUCCAUCGUUGUGUUAGUAGAUCCUGGUGAGCCAUGUUUGGACAUGACUGUUAUUUGCAGAUUCAGCCUUUUUUGAUUCAGUUCUAAUCUUUGAAUGUUUUAAAAACCUGCGUUUGGUUUUUUGUAAAUGUUGUGCAUCAUGUCAUGUUUUGUUCAUUUGAUAUGAAAAAGGUUUUAAAUUAAAAAACGGAAUUUUGUCUAGACCAUUUUUGUUGAGAAAUAAAAGUGAACGCAUGAGAA